AUGGGCUCGGGCGGCUGCUCGCGGCGCUGCAAGGGGCUGGUGCAGACGGGCUUCCUGCUGACCGCGGCGCUCGGCCUGCUCGGCGGGCUGCUGCUCUACGGCCACCUGGAGCAGAAGGCGCGGGCCGCCCAGGCGCUGGCCGCCACCUACCGCGGCCAGCAGGAGGCACUGUCGGCGCAGCUGCAGGUGGUAUAUGAACAUCGGUCCCGCCUGGAGCGGUCCCUGCAGAAGGAGCGAGGGGAACACAAGAAGACCAAGGAAGAUUUCCUAGUGUACAAACUGGAGGCACAGGAAGCCCUCAACAAGGAAAAGCAAGAUUCAAUGAACCGUUAUGGGGCCCUAAGCUCCCAGCACAGGAUCCUCAAGAACCAACAUGAGGAUGUGAAGAAGCAACUGCUGGACCUGCAGCUGCAGCACAGCGGACUGAGGCUGGAGCAUCGGAAGGCCCUGGAGAGCCACGGGCAGCGCUAUGCCCAGCUGCAGCGGGAAAAGGACAGUGAGGUGGCCAGUCUGCAGGACACAGUGUAUAAACUUCAAGAAGAAAGCAAGCUCCUGAGGAAGGCUCACCAGGAUAUUCACAUCCAGCUGCGGAAUGCCCAGUCCCAGAUGGAGGAAUUCCGCCAGCUCAAGGAAGCCUUGCAGAAGAUGCCCAGCUUCCAGGAGGCUGGGGCCAGCCGUCGGCAGCAGCAGCAGCAGCAGGAGGUCCUCCAGGCCCCUAGGCAGCAGGCUCAGCUUAGGAAGCCUCAGGUGUUUGUUGCUACAGACUCCAGAGCGGCCCUAAAUCCCCAGGAACCAGAGUUGGUCCCCCGCUGGGACCCUCAGGCUGCCCAGGCUCCAGGAACUCGGGCCUUGCCUCCAGCUGGGCCACCUUUCCCAGACCUGAAGUUGCCUUCUUCUGGGCCCCCUGCCUGGCCCCAGAAACCCAUCGAGGGCCAUGUUCUCCGCUUCACCAGAACUGUUAACAGCCUUCCAGUCAGGCCCCCGGUUCAGCAAGUAGUGGUGGUGGCAGCCCCCGUUUCUUCCUCCCCUGAGAGACCCAGCCCGCGGGGUGGCCCCCUCAGCAGCAGCCUCCCACGGGGCUGGACAGAGAGCCUCAGGCCCUCCCAGCCCCUGGUAGCCCACAGCUGGCAAGAUAUCGUCAACAAAGUGAACGCCCAAGAGAAGAGCCAACAGUCUCCCCCGAGCAGCCAGCCCCAGAGGCAGGACCAGCCUCUUCUACCCGCCAAUCCAGGAGAAGGGGUAGAGCGCCCAGCACCUGACAGAGAAGACCACGGGAGAGUAGCACCUGAUGAGGAGGAGCUGGAGAUGGAUGCUGGCAUGAUUGAGCAGGAGGAAAACCUACAGCCCAGGACGGAGCCAGAGGCCCAAGGCCCAGUGGGGCCUGAUGCCCUUGCAGACCCCGCCCGCGAUCCCAACAACCAGGGCGAGGAUGAAUUUGAAGAGGCAGUGGUAGAUCAGCCACGGUUGGAAGAGGGGGCCCCAAGACCCCAGCACACUGAGGAGCCCCAGGAACAAGGGCCAGGCUCAAGAGGCCCAGAUGAGGACCCUGACCUGGAGCUGGUACCGGACACCAAGAGUCACCCAGAGGCCCCUGGCCAGAAAGACAACUACUACUGACCCAGCCCUCCCUCUUCUCCUGAAUCCCUAUGCUUGCUGUCCUCCUGAAGGGACCCCCAGAGAUGAGAGAGAGCAUGGAAGGGUCAGAACCUAGGCUUCUACAUGGGGAGAUUGGAGUCUGCUCCACCUCUCCCCUGCCCUCCUGCCCCAGCACGCAUUCUGGGCACCCCCCCCCCUUCCUGCCCUCCUGCCCCAGCACACAGUCUGGGUUACUC